AGAUGCCUUCUUGAGCCUGCUCGUGGCCACCCACAGACACUUGUAAGGAGGAGAGAAGUCAGCCUGACAGAGACACCUUGAAAUGAGGGAUUAGAGGCCAGGAUUCAAGGAUCGAGUUCUGCAGCCAGAAGACAAGGGAAUAGGACCUGAAGACAUUUCUGCUGAGAGGUCUGCCAUGGCCUCUCUUAGCGUCCAACUUGUGGGCUACAUCCUAGGCCUUCUGGGGCUGCUGGGCACAUUGAUUGCCAUGUUACUUCCUAGCUGGCGAACGAGUUCUUAUGUUGGUGCCAGCAUUGUGACAGCAGUCGGCUUCUCCAAGGGUCUCUGGAUGGAGUGUGCCACACACAGCACAGGCAUCACCCAGUGUGAUAUCUACAGCACUCUUCUAGGCCUGCCUGCUGACAUCCAGGCUGCCCAGGCCAUGAUGGUGACAUCCAGUGCAAUCUCUUCACUGGCAUGCAUUAUCUCUGUGGUGGGCAUGAGAUGCACAGUCUUCUGCCAGGAAUCCCGAGCCAAAGACAGAGUGGCAGUAGUGGGCGGAGUCUUCUUCAUCCUUGGAGGCCUCCUGGGCUUCAUCCCUGUUGCCUGGAAUCUUCAUGGGAUCCUGCGAGACUUCUACUCACCACUGGUGCCUGACAGCAUGAAAUUUGAGAUUGGAGAGGCUCUUUACUUGGGCAUUAUUUCCUCCCUGUUCUCCUUGAUAGCUGGAAUCAUCCUCUGCUUUUCCUGCUCAUCCCAGGGAAAUAAUGCCAACUACUAUGAUGGCUACCAGGCCCAGCCUCUUGCCACAAGGAGCUCUCCAAGGCCUAAUCAACCACCCAAAGCCAAAAGUGAGUUCAACUCCUACAGCCUGACAGGGUAUGUGUGAAGAACCUGGGGCUAGGGGGUGGCUGGGUCUGUGAAAACCAGUGGUCAGUGCCCCCAGGGCCAUGGGAGAGGGACGUUGCCACUGGAUCAUGUCAGAAGGUGCUGCUGAGGAUAGACUGACUUUGGCCAUUGGAUGGAGCAAAAGGCAGAGAUGGGAGCUGGUAUGCCAGCAUGCAGGUUGAAUUGUCAAGUAUACUCGCCAAGCUAGCCUAUAUCCCUGACCAUUCCCCUGACCCCAAGUCCUCAAACUCAACCUCCAAACCCCACCCCUUACCUUUGACCAGGCCCCAGAGGCUCCUUCCUACAUUUUGGUUUAUGUGGGAAUGCAUCCCAAAACCCACUAAUCACAACCCACUGACUGAUCCUCUCUGUGAUCAAAGACCUCCCUCUGGCUGUCUUUUAGCUCAUUGCUGGGGGAUACAGGGAAGAAGGAAUGGUGGCUUAUAUGGGUAUAGCUUUAACCUCCUUCUCAAACCUCCCUCCAAAGAUACUGAUUGGUCAGUAAUGGGCCCUGGAGCCUCCAACCCACUCUUAUGACUCCAGAGUGUCCAGACUGGUUUGUGCAUGAACUGAAAGAAGGCCAUCCUACAGUGUCCAGGGUGCAGAAAGCAACUGGGUGCAGGAUGGGAGGAAAGGAAAGCAGCCUGGGACCAAAAAUGACCAGAACCAUUUUCCCAGGGCAUUUCCAAGAAUUCCCUCACACUUGUGGGUUAAGGAUGAAGCCCAUAGCUAGAGGAAAGUACCAUGAAAAAAGAUAUGGUGUAAAGCUCAAGGCAGCAGCAGACUCUGACUCCACUGAGGAACUGCUUCAGAAGCUGCAGUUACAACUUUCACCAAAGAUUCUCCCUCCCUCUGGGGCACCUGACCUGGCCUCCUGUCUAAACCACAAGGCUAAGGGCCAUAGACAAUGGUUUCCUUAGGAACAAUAAACCAGUUUUUCAAGAACUGGCCCUCGGCCGGGAGAUGACAACAGGGAAGCUGUGGGAGACUGAGCAAGAUACUACUUCUUGACCCUGGUAUCUGAGAAAUUGGUUGGACAUGUGUGGUAGCUCCACUGGGUAUUUCUACUGUGCCAAAGAGAUACAUCCUCCCAGAAUGUCUUCAGACCAAAUGGACAAUCAUCCCAAAGGGUUGAGACCAGCCCCCUGCAUGGGGUCUGCCUACAGAGCACUAUAGAACCUCUGAAAGAACACAGCACCAGGUGGGCCCCUUGUCACCCUUCAUAUUCUCCUCACCAUCCAUCAGAAGAUGUUCCUGAAGGCACCAAGGGCUGCAGUGUGGAACAUACAUGCCCACGGUGUUGUGUUCAUGAUCUGAAUGAGAACUGAGCUACUGCCUGGGAUUGCAGUUGAGGCACAAAUGUAGAAAAUGGUUCCCAGGCAGAGAGUUCCACAUCCAAGGUCUGAGAAUGCUCCAUUUCUCCGGGAGUUGGAGUUGGCAGGGGGUCAUAAAUUAGAGACAUUUUUCCUCACCAGCUUGCUAUGACCACCUUUGGAAGAAAUCCAGUAUACCUGCCCAAAUCUCAAUGCCAGCAAAAGGAGCCCAUUCAUGGUCUUUAACAUGCUUCCAUGUUCCCACCUUCUUACUAUGUUCAAGUUGUUCACCGACCUGGAAGCCCUCUUCCGAUAGCUUGGAGAACUUGCUCAGCACCACCUCUUUCAUUGAGCCUUCUCUGACCACUCCAUCCCUCUCUUACCCCUCCUUCUUUCAACCCCCAAUGUAUAAAUUGCUUCUUGAUGUUUAUCAUCACAAUUUCUGGUUGACAGUUUCGUGUGUGUGUGUGUAUAUGUGUGUGUGUGUGUGUGUGUGUGUGUGUGUGUAUGUGUCUGAUCUCAAAAGCACAUUGUAAGCACUUGGAAGGCAGGAGUUAUAUCUUAGAACUCUUCGUAUACUCCAGACUAUCUGUAAUAGUGCUGGGCACACAAUAGGUGAUCAAUAAACACUGUUU